AUGAUUGAACUGACUAAGUCUGGCAAGUCGCAGCAAGUGCUGGCGGCCCCGGCCGCCGACCAUGCCGGGCCCCUCAAUUGGUGCCCGCUGACGGCCAGUUGCCCGCCGGUGGAGGCGGGCUUCCCCGCGUCGCCGCCGGGCGGGCGGGGCGCGGGCGCCGCGAGCGCGGCGGAGCGCCUGCAGGCAAGCAUGCUGGCGGCGGAAGCCGCCCUCGCGGCGAUCGAGGCGGCAGAGGCGGAGGCGGCAUGGGCGGGGCCUCCGGCGGCAACGGUGGCCAGGGCGGCAGGCGACCAGGAGGCCGCCGCCGCGGCCUCCUUCCACGGGGCGGAGCGGUGGGCGCCGCCGCGCGGCGGCGCGGGCGGGUGCCUUGCUGCAGCCGACCGGGAGCUGCGUGACGGGGUCACCUCGCUGAUGCUUCGCAACUUGCCCUGCCGGCUCACCCAGCGGCAGCUCCUCGCUGAGGUCCACCGCACCGGCUUCGCCGGCAGAUGUGACUUCUGCUACAUGCCGCGCGACUUCGCCUCGGGCGAGAACCAGGGCCACGCGUUCUUGAAUUUCACGUCGACCGCGGCCGCCGUGGAGUUCAACCGGGCGUGGUCCCAGCGCCCGCUGUGCGCGGGCCAGAGGACCGGCCCGGCGGGAAUCGACAUCUCCGUGGCCGCCGUGCAGGGGCUCGCGGCCAACGCGGCGAAGUGGGAUAUCCCGCGGAUGAAGCGCGUGCGGAGCGGUGGGGAUACCG